GGGAGGACGAGACCUCGAGGUCCUUCGAGGGGGUCAGGGAGCAGUUGAAGAGCCAUGGCAGGGCAGCAAUCAUUUGGAGCGUGGAACGGAAUAGCCCAGAGGAUCCACAGUUCCUAAUUCCCCCUCGUUGGCGAUGGAGGGGGAACGAAAGGGAGCGGAGUCGGACGAACGAUGCCGAACUUGCCCCGCACGCUUCCUCCGUAGCUGGCUGACAACGGGCGCACGGACCCCCAUUCCUUCCCCCCCCCCACCACUCGGCCGGCCUUCCGAACGUUGUGAGUGCGGGUGGCGCUGGAUACUCGGCCUCGGCCAUCGCAGUCGCUCGUCCCCCCUGGCUCUGAGUUGUCUCGAGUGCGGUACAAUAACGCUCCGGGAGUUGGUAUGAGGAUGCAUCAGUGAAGGGAGAGGGGAGAGGGAGGGGGUGGGGCCCGGGGGUUCAAUUCGGGGCCGGAAUUUGGACCUCGACACUUGUCUGCGUUUCUGGUGGUCGGCCCUCGAUGGAGUGAUUGCAUCCGGUUGGUGGAACGAGCAGGAACCUGAAUUUUUCUCUGAGAGGUCGCGAGAGCUUCUGAGAAAGGUUGUUGGAGCGUCUGGCCAAGCGUUCGCUCGGUUGGCAGCAGCAUCGGUCGUAGCGAUCGGCCGUGUCUUUCAUUUUCUCCCCGUCGUUCGCUUUCAUCUGCCCCUGUUGCGGCUUUUGCUGCUCCAGGGUUUGGACUCGUCUUCUGACCUGCCCUUGCUCAAAUUCGUUAGGACGCGAUGUCGUCUUCUGAACUGACAGUCGAAGCUGCUCAGCUGGCAUGCCUGAAAGCAGUUGUUGGAGAUACAAUGCCAGAGCUCAUCUGGAAUACGAAUGAUGAGAAUGAAGAGAAUGAAGAGAACGGAGGCGACGAUGAGUUGCUCGACUUUGUAACGACCGAGAUUUGGAAUGCUGAUGUUCUCCAAUCCUUGCCACUGGAACAAACGGAAGAGAUGACGAGCAAGCAGCGCAGGACCCAUCUGCAAAACAGCUCCAGUCGGCUCGCCUUGGCUGUGAGUCAGAACCUCAGAAGCCUGGGCUGCACCAAGGACGACGAGGAAUCACUUGCAGUCUGCACAAAUGUCAUUAAAGAAUGGUGGAAACAGGUAGAAGUACAUGAUGAAGAGGAGACUGCCCAGGGAGGCCAAGAUGAGGACGAGGAAGCAGAUAAUGAUGAUGAUGAAGAUGUUCCACCAGGCCAUUGCGUCAUGUGCCUCCGUUAUAUGCCCUUGACCUUCCAUCACCUCUGUCCACGCAUGUUGCACAAGGGAAUGCUGAAGAAGGGGAUGUACACAAAGCAGAACAUAAACGACGGUAUUGACAUCUGCAGACCUUGUCACAGCGCCAUACACAAGCUCUUCGAUCACGAGACGAUGGCUCUGAAGGUCAAUACCCUUGAGAAAAUCCUGGAGGAUGAAAGAGUCCAACGGUGGGUGCGAUAUGCGGAGAAGCAGCGAGUGGUGAGCAAAGACCACACCAUCAGAGGCCUUCGGUACAGACGAUGAUUGUUGUGACCAUACAACUUCCAGUUUUUAAUGCACUGCAAGAUGCUUCAUAUCGACCCUCUGGUACCUCAAUAAGGUGCAGUGUUCACCAUUGCAUUCUGCUCCUUAUCACAGCGAUCUCACUUCCAGCAUUUGAUGCUUGAAGAAAGCAAGUAGCUGGUUGUUGGCAAAUCAGGCGAACUCAAAUCAUCCAAACAUUGAAGAUGAUCUGAGUGAAAUGACUCUCUGUUCGUUGGUCACCUUCUUUACAAUGAUGGCAGCAGGAUUAUCAUGGAGUUUCUUAAAUAUAUGCUGCCUGAAGGUGCUCCUUGUUCUGAAUCCAAGUUAGAAAGAAUAGAAGGAACGAAGCCGCUGUUGUAUUCUAGCCGCAUCAUGUUGCUAUUGAUGACAGAGCUCAGAAAAGCAUGUGCGACCGCAUCUUCAUGUCUCGCAAGAUCCGUAGCUAGUGUCUUUAUUCGUGUUUUCCUGUUUCCAUAGAAGGCACUGGGGUUACCAGUGUUUUGUAUGUCAAGUCUGAGCGACAAGACUGCAAGGGUCCAUGAUUCUUCUCCUAGAGCAAAGGGACGAUGGUUUUCUGCGUAGUCACUUGUAUACUGAGUGCAGAGUUGAAAUUGAUCUUGAAGUUUGCGUGAGUAUGUGAAGGCCUCCUUACCUUGCUGUUUUUUGCAACCUUACGUUGACGAUCCUCGUUUCUCAAUGAAAGGAACAAGUAACGAAGCAAACUCAGCUCCAGCUUCAGCUCUUUGACUGUGGUCAGGUCUUGUUUUCAAGCUCAGACUUGGCACACCUUGAGGCAGCCCCUGGUGUCUGAAGUGACUUGAGACCCGUCUGCUUUCAAGCCUGGCUCAAGGGAUGGAAAUAGUGUAAGACUCUAAGAUUCAAGGUGAAUCACUCUAAGAUGAAAAACAAGUACCAAAGCACAUGGAGACUGGAUCUGGUCCUUGUGCUUCUACAUACAGAGUUCUAGAUCCGAGUUGUGACAUAUAGUGGUACCUAGUCUUAAUGUCAUUAUUGCGAGGAUGACUGUCCAUAGGAGUACCUAAUACUAACACUAAUAUGGAAGAGUACUGGUGAUCAACCUCUGUAGUUGUGGUGGUAUCUUCUAGUUCUCUACCUUGGAUAUCAGUGUUCUAACUUUGUAGCCUCUAUGUCGCUAACUAUAGUGUCUUAUAUGAAGAGGAGAAAGCAAUUGGAUUUAGAAACCAAGUUUUACGUCCUGCAAUUAUUGUAAGAGCCAUGCAUCGCAACAGAGAAAGUCGUUCAGAGUUUUGCCCGACAUCGAUCGAGAUUGCGAAGGAAAGGAAGAUAAUCUCUGAUGCGUCGUCAUUAUCGGAAUCAAUGUACCGGUGAAAAAAUAGCACCAACCUCGAGGCUACAUAUGAUCAUUAAAAUGGUGUAACAGUACCUCCUGCGAGUUUUAGUCGAUGUUUUAGGCCUCAGUGACCAUAAUGCAGAAUUUUAAAACAAAAGCAUUGUGCAUGUGUGACACGAUUUUGGAGUUCUACGUCAACGCUCGUACAGCUGUUGAAAUCACUGCGCUGGAUGCAUUUGUUAAUUCAAAUGAAUGACUCGAGAAGUACUCACAUGGCGCUGUGACAUCGGAUAGAAUAACACGUGGCGAGCAUAGUUCUGGAAGUCCAUAGGAGGUGCAGAGGCGGUUGCAAGACAUCCGGGAAGUUUUGAAGAUGUUUUGCGGGAUAACAUCUUGAAUACUGAAGAAUCUGUUACGAAAGCUUUGUGAUCAUAUUGCAUGCGGGAUAGUUAUUGUCAUGAAUG